CUCGGUGCGAGUGCUGGAUCAAUGCGAUGCGGGUGUGCGCGUUCGGCAUGUGGCACGUGCCAUUUUCGUCAUUAUCGUCAUCACCAUCGUCAUCGUCAUCGCCAUGAAGCGACAACGUUGCUGUAAUUUUCUGCAACAGCGGCCUACCAAGGCUUGCUCGACCGACGAACAUCAUCAUCAUAAUAAUCCACCGCCAAAUUGGUGUGUCUACCCAGCGGUUGGACUUGUCGCGCUUGGCGCUUAUCUUAACGCCUUGGGCGGGGAUUUUGUUCACGACGAUAUACCCGCUAUUGUGAGGAAUAAAGAUGUGCUCGCGCAGAAUCCUUGGAGCUCACUGUUGAAGGAUGACUUCUGGGGCACCCCCAUGAAUGAUCCAAGUAGCCAUAAGAGCUACCGACCGCUUACUACACUCACAUUUCGAUUGAACUACCUGGCGGCAGGCUUGACACCAUCGUGGUACCACGCGACCAAUGUGGCACUCCAUGCAGCGGCAUGCAUGCUUGUUACCCGAGUCUCGUUGAGCGUUGCAGCGCUGAGGCCUGGGUUCGCUGCCCUGACCGGCCUCCUCUUCGCUACUCAUCCCAUUCAUACUGACGCGGUGACGGGAAUCGUCGGCAGAGCUGACGUGCUUGCCUGCAUUUUCUUCUUGCUGUCUUUUCUAGCUUAUCACGGUCAACCGUCGUUCUAUGUGUGGAGUAGCAUUGGCUUUGGUGCAUUUUCGAUGCUCGCUAAAGAGACUGGCGUUACCGUGCUGCUGCUCAAUCUUCUCUACGACUUUUUUCGCUCUUGGCAUCCGAUUAAAAGAUCUAUCCUCGAGGCGAGGUGGAACGACGAGUCGCGGCUGUUCACCCGGCGAGCCGCAACUCUACUUGUCUCGCUGAGCAUACUUCUAGUGGUGAGACUGGCCUUGUUGCACGGUGCAUUACCCAAAUUCUCGCCGCAGGAUAAUCCGGCUGCCUUUCAUCCCUGCUUUCAUGUGAGGCUGCUGACAUUCUGUUACUUGGCGGCAUUGAACUGCUGGCUGAUGCUGUGUCCGGCCACGCUCUCGCACGACUGGCAGAUGGGUUCGGUUCCUCUGGUCGCAUCCCUAGCGGACGCCAGAAACUUGGCGACGUGCCUUUUCUUCGGCGGCUGCCUCGUGCUCACCUACAAGGCCUUCAGCGACUUCGAGCAACAGAGGCAUCCGCCACUCAUCCUCGGAUGGAUGUUUCUCGUAUUGCCCUUUCUGCCGGCUUCCAAUCUACUCAUUACUGUUGGAUUUGUCAUCGCUGAGCGAGUUUUGUAUAUUUCAAGCAUCGGCUGGAUACUGCUGGUAGCUUACGGAGCUCAGAUUACGUGGACAGCGAUCCCGCGUCGAAGAGGUAUUAUUACUGGUGGUAUAACACUGCUGCUGAUUCUCGGAUGUUGUCGCACUAUUUUGAGGAAUCGCGACUGGAGCUCCAGGGAAACCUUACUCAGGUCAGGCUUGCGAGCGCUACCGGACAACGCGAAGAUGCACUACAACUUCGCCAACUUUCUAAGGGAUACGUCUCAACCACACCGAGCGAUCCUCCACUACCAGCUGGCACUCUGGCUAUGGCCAACAUACGCGAGCGCACACAACAAUCUAGGCACCUUGACAGCGGGCGACCAAGCAGAGAAGCACUUUCUGGCAGCCAUUCAGGCUCAGCCAGGCCAUGUGAACGCGCACUACAACCUCGGCCAACUGUACAGGAGAACAAAUAGGACCGAGGAAUGCAUACAGAUGUUACGCAAGUGUGUACAACUGGAUCCAGCCUAUACACCAGCUUACCUUGUGCUCGCUCGUAUGACAAGCGGACCAUCGGCUGGGUCUUUGCUAAGGCACGUUGUAACAUUACAACCCAGAAAUUCAGAUUUUCUGGCUGAGUAUGCCAACUGGCUUUAUCAGAAUGGCAAGUGGCUUCCCGCAUUGAAGUACUACCUCGAGGGCAUGUCUCUGUCACCGACGCACCGUAGCUCGCUUCUUGGUGCUGCACGGAUACUGAGGUCUCGAGGCCAAUGGCCACGAGUGCAUCAACUCAUUACCAGAUGGCACAUCAUGCUACGCGCUCGUCAAGGCAGUUUCAUCUACCGCGGCGAUUUGUACAUCCAAGCAUGGCAAUUACAACACGAGUCUCGACAACGUAGCUACGACCACCACAAUCAACAAAAUCUUUGCUUACUGGAAAACGGUUGCGAGUCGCGACCAAGAGUGGCUCGCGUCCCCGUGCAAGAUAGCAACAAAUCCGAGCAACUCGAGCGAUCAUCAGGACGUUGUGGUGUACGUUCCUGCAGUCCACGUCAGAGGAAAAGUGCGUUACUCGUGCAGAAUCUUCUGGAAACACUCUAAAGGUUACGCGCCUGUGUAUUGUCGCGCCACACGUACGCUCGUACUACUUUGCUUUCUCUACUUCUCCAUCUUCCCAUCCCUAGUUAUUACUUUUUGCGGGCGAAAGUGUGUUGCUUACUGCUGUUUUUUUUACCUGUAAAGACAACUCUUUUUUUAUUUCAAAACUAUUGAUAACAAAAUGUAUGAUAUGGAGAGAGCAGGUGUAUUUUAUAAUAACUUAGCGAUUUACAUGGGAUUUUAUAGUUGUGAUAACGAUCAAUAUCAAAAAAAGUUACCAAUAGCCUUUUAGAUUAACCAAAUGAUGAAGUUUUAGAAUAUGAAGGUUUCCCAGAUUUCAGUAAUCGACAUGGGAUUGCGUUCGAAUAUCCUUUUACGUAAUACGUCAUUUUUAAUCAAUUUAAAAAGCAUCGUGUUUACCUAUACGCAUAAGACUUCUAAAGAUGAUCAACAACAGCAUGUAAUUAAAUGAUACAGCAUAAAGAUUAAAAAUCAAAAAUCUGACUUGUUUGCAAAUAAUAGCUAGCGAAUUAAUAUAUUAUAAAGAAAAAUAAAAUAGUAAUUAAUACACUCCCCUCAGCGAAUAAGGGCUUUUUGGGAGAAAAUUCUACUUGAAAAAGUACACACAUUAUAUAUAUAUAUACAACUUUGAUAUGGAUAAAGAGUCAGCCGCUGGCGUGUAAACAGGUGUUGUACGAACGACAAUGUAAAUAUAUUUUUUGGCUGAGCGCGGCGGCGCUGUUUGUGUUUCUAUCUUCUUUUUCCUUCUCCUUUAUUCUUCUUCUUCCUCUCAACGUAUACGCGUGCCUCGAGGCAAUCGCUUGUGGGAUGCGCGGAAGAUGCAGAGUAUAAUAUAUUAUUUUUCACUCGUAUACAUAGGAAGCGCAUGCAUGUACUAGUUUUUCCGAAACAAUAAAGUUCAAGCAGCGAGAUUAAAGAAAUAUAAUCUCCUCACGAAGGAAUUUUCAAGAGAGGAAUUGUAAAGAUAUUUCAGAAUAAUGUGCUUAUUUAUUGUACAUUUAAGGUGCCAAUUUCUUCGUGGAUGAUAUAAUAUUGAUUCGGUGUAUGAAAAAACACACGUAAUCGAGCACACACAUACACUUUUUUCUUUAAUCGAACGAGCUUCAAACAACCCAAUGACGUCGCUUUCUUAAUUUCACUUGAUUCGAGAAAACAAUUGAGUGCGAAUUCGUUCACGUUGAGUGUGCAUUUUUUAUGUUAACUCUCUAAUAAUAUGUAUCUAUUACGUUACGCUUUCCUCUUAUUCCUCUUAAGUCAACAAUCGCACACGUCUUUUCGUUUUCUUGCUUCACUUUGACAUCGAACGAGACGUCGUUGGGAUGAAUACGAUAGAAGACCAAAAGAAAAGAAAAAUAAGCAACAAGACAAACAGUACGGGGAAAUAAUAAUAAUAACAAUAAUGAUUAAAGAAAAAGAAAAAAAAUGUAUAUACAGGUAAACAGAAUUACAUCGAAAUAAAAAAUAACGCGCAUCGCUUUAUUAUAACGUUUUCUCCUUUCUUUGUAUUAUAUCUUUCAAAGUUGAAGCUAAGAUUUGACGAUUGUCAAAACUCUGAUGGUUAACUAAUUGCGAAAACUGAGCGAUGAGU